UCACCAGGACAUAUAGUGGGUCAUGGGGAGGGGUCUGUGUGCCAAGUUUGGUCCAGGUCUAUCAUUCAUGGGGGUCACAGUGGUCUCUGUAAGUGAGUGAAGGUACUGCAAGUCCCAUCAUCCGUGGCAAUUUUGGUCCAGAUCCAUUGUUGUUUCGGUUCACAGUGCGCUCUGGAUGUAGGUGAACUACCACUCCUAUAAAUCAUGGUGAAUUUCCCCCCAAACCUGGUCAUGGGGUUCUGUGUGCCAAAUGUGGUCCAGCCCAUUGUCGGUGGGGGUCACAGUGCUGUAUCUUGAUGCAGGGUGAGCUACAACUUCUGUCCGGUUGAGUCAGUCCCCUAACCAUCUCCAGUCUGUUCAGUUGCUGAUCAAUUCCUCUGUUUGCUGUGUGUCAUAGGAAAGCGUAGGUAGGAAAGGGUUGAGAGGCAAUGGGCAGGGUCAUGCAAAUUCCACACCAAUGGAGAGAGAAAGGAACAAUGGGAUGUGGCGCUCACUGUAACCUGCAAUGUCACUGGAGGAAAGGACAUUGGUGUCUCCUGCUUAGUGGGAACUCUUUGUGAAGGCCGGAGGCUGUCUGUGUAAGUGGACACCUCCACCACAUACACACAUACACAUUUUCACUUUUAUUAUGUGUAUAGAAGAUUAUUAUUUUAUGUUUUGGGUGAGAAAGUAUAGAUCUUGCUUUUGCACACAUAGUCACCCAACAUUGAAUGAGCAUUUCUGUAUGAAUUGAAUUUCCAGAUUGUUUGAGUUUGGAGCCCUCUACCUGACCUCGCUGUUUUAUUAAAUCAUUCCAAUUUGGGUUAUAACAGGUAGGCUAACUUGAGUUGGGGCCCCAUCCAUGUUUCUUUGAAUAAGAUUUUGCUGCACUGUGAAUUCUUGCUGCAGUUGGCUACCCGCCCUUCCCAUUAAAAAAAAUCGCCACCAACAGCGUUUCUUCAGGCUAGACAUAAAUUCAUUGUUUUCUAUUCCUGAUAAUAAUAAUAAUUAUAAAAGAAUGUACACACCACAAUGUAUAGUUUUAACAGUCAUCACCACUGUUUUAAGAGCUUGUCCUAAUGUUAAAUGUAUAGCUGGGAUAAUCAGCAGGGAGGGACACAAGGAUGUGACCUCAGGAUUGCAUAAUUGGGAAGCUUAAGAUUAGAUAUGCUUGGAUUUGAAAUUAACAUUAUAGCAUGUGAUAGACCUACUUCAGAGAACACCAGACUCCCAUAGCUGCCUUCCUGCCUUCAUUUUAGAGGACUGUUGUUCUUAACUCACCAAGGUAUGGAAGCUGCAAGAGACAUAGCACAGCUAGGGAGCUGGGUCAUCUGAUUCAUCCUUUAAACUCACAUGUUUAGAUUCUUCAGAACCAUGAGAUGGGUUUUUACUCCCCUGAAUAAUAAAGGACAGAUGAUCAACUGGACUUGACAACAUCCAAGUAUGGAUUCAAACAGAAAAGAAGGAGAAACUGAAAGUGUGCCAGUGAUUAAUCCUGCAACACAGAUUGCCCAGUUGCAGGCUCUGGCUUCUGAACUCAAAACUGGUUUCACUGAAGCCAUGCAGGAGCUCACAAGGAUUCAACAUGGGGAGUAUGCUCUGGAGGAGAAGGUCCAAAGCUGCCGGUGUGCGAUGGAGGAGAAAGUGGCAGAGAUGAAGAAUUCUCUGAAUGAUUUCAAGGAGGAGCUUAAUGAAGCCAAGUCCAUGAUUGAUGAAAUCAGUGCUAAGCAAGAUGAAAUGCAACAGAAAAUUGAACAGCUCCAACAAGAGAAACGGAAGGAAUCUCGGAAGCUCAAAGCAAAAAGAAUACAGAAGGAGGAGCAUGGGUCACAAACAGUCCCUACACCCCUGCAAGGAAGUCCUUUUCGGUCGCUGAACCUUCCAGAGACAGUUUUAAUUAAUGAAGAUUUUGUAAACCUUUUGCACAAUGCAACAUAUGAGAAAGUUUCUGACUGCAGACCCAGGGGACUCGGAGAAAGCAACAUGAAAGGACUUACCAGUACAAAUUUGGACACAGAAGAGAGCCUUAGAGCGUCCUCUUCAUCUGAUGCUCAGUCAUCAUCCAAAAUGUGGAAACAGACCAAGGAUGGUAAAGAGUGGGGUGAUGACUAUAUUUCAAGGGACCAGAAGGACUUAGGUCCAAGCAGAUAUAGUUCCAUGGAAAACCUACUGCAAGACCCAUCUAUUGCAGCUAAAAGGCAAAAUAUUGCUUUGGAUUUACUGGAGUCUGAGAGGAAGUAUGUGGUGAGCCUUUCCCUGGUUCUCAAAAUUAAGACCACAUGGCAGGGACCAGAAAUGAAGAGGAAUGUCAAGGAAAGGAGUUUUGUCCCGAACUCUUUGCGAUAUUUGGCCCAGCAGCACGUCGACUUACUCCACGCUCUUCAAGAAAGAGUCCUGAGUUGGCCCCGACAAGGCAUCCUGGGAGACAUAUUUCUCAAGCUGACCAAUGAUGAAAAUAAUUUUUUGGACUAUUACGUUGCUUACUUGAGAGACCUGCCGGAGUGCAUUUCACUGGUUCAUGUGGUGAUUCUCAAAGAGAUUGAGGAUGAAAUUAAGUCUGAUCUCUACAUAGUCUUCUUUCAUAUUGUUCAGCGUAUUCCUGAAUACCUUCUUCAUUUGCAGAAUAUCUUGAAGUUCACCGAGCAGGAACACCCCGAUUACUACCUUCUCCUUGUUUGCGUUCAGCGCCUGAGAGUUUUCAUCUCGCACUACAGCCUCCUUUUCCAGUGCAAUGAAGACCUGCUGAUACAGAAACGAAAGAAACUGAGGAAAUCUUCCUUCAUAAAGUUAUAUAAAGGAUUAGCUUCUCAGUGUGCCAACACCGGCCAGGACGUGUCUCCAACCCCGAGCGCGACCUCCAUCCGCGACAGUGGGAUCCACUCGGAAGAGGCCAUGCAACUCUUCCCAUCAACCCCGGCUUCUGGAACCACGGCUAUGCACUUGAUGUCCCACAUGAAGAAGAGUCAGCAGCAAGGCAUGGAGGGCAUGCAGGGAGGGCCCUCAGGCGAGUGGGAAAGCGAAGGAAGGCGGCACGACAGGGCAGAGAAUGCCCUGACUUCUUCUCAGUUCAACGACCAGGACCUGAAGACCAUUGCGGCGUCUCUCCAAGCCCUGCCAGACAUGGAGUACAGCGCUCCUCCUCCUCCUCCUGAAGUGAAGGGACACCCAGAGCGCCAUCGCAGGGCCUCCACCUCAGACCUUCUCCACCACAGUGCAGGUUUCGCGCCUGACUAUGAAGAUUUUGAAUACAGAGGGGAGACCUAUGGCAUGGGCGGUCCCUACCAGGAAGAACCCCUUCAGAACCUGGCCGUCUUUGAGACCCGCUCUCCGGCAUCUUCAGAGUCCAGUAUCGACAUCUGUUUCUUGAGGCCUGUGAACUUCACCACGGAGCCAGAAAGGACAGAGCACACUUUGCAGCCAUUGCCCAAAAGCGGGGCUCCGGCCAGCAGCAGCAGCAGCACUUACAAGAGGGAGCUUUUCCGGAGCAAAGGCAAACAGCUGAGCCGGUCCUUGAAGGAGUUUCCCCGCAGUGGAUCGGACGGCAUCAGUGCAAGGCUCUACAGCACGCGGAGCAGCAGCGGGAGCCGGCUGCCAAACAAGCAGGAGAGGGGCUUCCAGCCCCACGGAGUCCCUGCCGCCGCCCCAAGGAGCGCCCAGCGGAACUACUUCCCUCCGCAGCGAGGAGUGGGUGAAAAGCAGAGCUUUGUGGAAGAUCUGCGUUUAGAAGACAACACUAGAUUCUCUCAUAGGGAAGACAACGAGCAAACAUCUUUCAGCAGCCACAUCCCAAGGCAAGAACAGCGAGGACGCUUCCGCAGUUCCUUCCGUAAACUCUUCAAAAAGAAAUGAUCCGGGGCAAGAGGCUUCCAUGCUUCUCCUGGAUUGCGCUCUUUGCUUUGAGUGCCAUGUAACGAGAUGGUUUCGCUUCAAGCGGCUUUAAGUUCAAGGGAAGAAAUAGCAGAAUGUUCAAACUGCUGGACUUUUUUGUGAUAGACUGAAAAGUACUAGCUUUGAGGCUCAAAAUGAAAAGCUCCAUCACUGUGUUUUGCCACUCACACAUUGCCAUUUCUCAUCCAUUAGGGCUUCACAGUAAAAGAAGCAUAGCAUGAUGUCCUUCAGAGCAUUUAUUCUGUCAUUGCCUCUGAAUUGCUGUUUAUUAGGAGAAACCUCGGAGUGGAUUUCCACACAACUGCCAUUUUCAUUUGCUUACCUUGUGGAUCUUCAGGUGAAGCUGUCUUUUAAAAGAUUUCAACUCUAAAUCCUUUAUGCAGAUGGUAACUUCCUGAAUAUAUAUAAAGACAUCUCAGAUCAACAAUAUACCGUACAUUUUUUCCUAAUAACAUCAUUGGUAGAUGUGUGAAAAUCCCCUUCAUAGCGUUUUUGGAUGGAUCUAAAUGAGGUAUGGGCAAACUUGUGCCCUCUAGGUGUUUUGGACUUCAACUCCCACCAUUCCUAACAGCCUCAGGCCCUUUCCUUUUUGCAUAAGCGGCUGAGGGAGAAAAGGAAAGGGCCUGAGGCUGUUAGGAAUGGUGGGAGUUGAAGUCCAAAACCCCUAUGUAGGACACAAGUUUUCCCAUGUCCGAUCUAAAUGAACAGCUCAAAGCUAAGUGUAGCAUAACCGUUUAUGCAGCAAGAUUAAAAUCCAAAAUGUAAUUUUGAAUUGUAGUUUUUUUAGUCGGAAUAAUGCAAUACUACAACUGAUGGAUAAUAAAAGCUCCCAUUGAUCAUUCCCCGAACAUGUGAAGAGGUGCUAUACUGCUAUCUUUUAUGUCUUUAGAUCUCUUAAUUUUGCACUGUGGUUUCGCAGUGGAAUCGCUCCCAGUUUUCGAAGUAGUGGGAAUAUUCAGAACGAAUAGGACAAAGAAACACCAGAAAAGUAUUCUUUGAUUAAAAUCUUGAGUGUACCA